AUGGAGAGAAUUGUGAGGAAGAUAGGCUCGUUGUCAUUCUUGAUUAAUAGACCGAGAGCUCGAGGCCCACCUCCGGCACCAACAGCAGCGGAACCGACAGCGGCUCCAGCACAAGGGGCACGAAGCGCAUCGACGGCACUACUAUCACAACCAGCACCAAGGAAAUCAAAAGCACCAGUAUCACCACCGCCAUGGCUCCCACCGGCACCACCGGGGCCACCGGGCACAGGUCCCAUCACUGAACUCCCGACCGAAAUCCUCCUCCAGAUAUUCGGUCACUUACACGCCGCAAGAGAUGUUGGCGUCGCAACACGCGUUUGCCGAAGAUGGUAUCUGACGGCGUUAGAAAUCCUCUACCGGGAGGUAGAAAUUGGGCGUUUCGGGCUCGAUAGCGUAGCUGAGCAAAGGCUGUUUGUUCAAGUGGCCCGUCAUACAUUCCAGUAGGUUGCUCAGUCGCUCUCGUCCAAAUGUAGCCCUUGCAUGCUAAUAGAUUGAAACUAUUAAGGAAUCCGGAACUGUGCGUCAUUGUCAAAGCCCUCACCCUGAGGUCUCAAUCCUUCGUCAACUCGGCAUAUGUAUUCCCCGCGCAGCCUUUGACAAAUUUAACAUCGCUGCAGGAGUUAACCUGGCUGGCGGUGGACCUGGUACUUGAUUUAUGUCAUAGCUUGCAGAGGCCCCUGUAUGGACUCGUUGAGGGGUUGAGGCUGCCGCGGUCGAUUCGGAAGCUGCAUAUUGGACUGAGGUACUACAUAAAUGCCGAGAGGGGUUUUGGGCGUAUCUCUGGUGAGGAUUUGAGGGGGAGACUGCCACAUCUGGAGGAGUUUAGGUAUUCAAGGAUUAGGCUUUGGUCAGAAUUGGUUGACAAGCAAGAACUCGUUCGGGAGGAGGCGCAAGGGAGGAUUGUUGCUGUGGAUGAUGAUGCGGCCGGAGAGUCGGAUAAGCUUGGAGAGGUCGAUAAGUCUCCGGUGCUAUUCGUAUUCCCCCCUCUGCCCCGUCAACAAAUUCCGGGCAGUAUUAGCUAACGGGGGGCGUGUUUUCCAGCAAGCCAUUAUAACAAAUCUCUCGCCCCUCACAACCCUAAAGACCCUAACCCUCGACUGCCCCCUCAACCCCGCAUCCUUCACCUACACCCUAACCUCGACCUUGCAGCAGGAAACGCGCGUAAACUUCCUAACCAUAAACUCCUUCCUCUUCCCCCCAAACUCUACACCCCCCUUUGGUCCACUGGACCGCGAGGUCAGCCAAUCCGCUCUGCGCUCCCGUGACAAGCUCCUCCGUCUGUCGACAAUACAACUUCACGAACUCUCAACUGACGUCUCGGACGAGGCGGCGCGCAGAAUCGCAACGACCAGCUGUGGGAACGCCUCGGACAUGCCCCCAUGCCUCCCUAACGUCCCGACAUUCCACUCGCGUCGGAAUCAAGCCAGGGAGAAGCUGGCCACGCUCAGGACAGGACGCUUUGCAACGCUGCUGACCGACGUGAUAAUUGAGAUCCGGGCGAGGUAUCCAAGGAUAUGCACGUUGCGGGAGUUCGUCUCCGCGCCGGAAUUUCCGGGGAGUGAGAAGUGUGGCGGUAGGAGGGCGCACAAGUAUGUUACCGAGAGGAUUUACGAGACGUUGGAGGAUGCCGGAUUGCUCAAUGUCGCGUGUCUCAAGGCGCGCAUGGGGGAUGGGGAUUCGGAGUGGGUGAGAGUGGAUGUGUGGAGGGGGGAUACGGGAAGGGUCGAAAUCGCCUCGUUGGUGCCCGAGGGGAGCGCCAAGGUUUUGAAUGAGGGUAUUAAGGCUACUUACUCUCAUGGGAGUGUGGAGAGUGUUAGGCGUGGGGUCUUGGAGGAGCUCGGGGGAGGGAGGUGGAGGGUUACCGAGGCUUUGGAGCUGUAG